CGCUGGUGUUGUUUUCUCCACCACACAUUCAUAUUAACUGUCAACCCAGCCGUGACGACGUGAGCUGCUCGGGACCUUCAGCACGGGAAACCACCGUGAAUGGACUAGACUACCACACAACCGAAAACAGCCAAAGCUCACCUUUUUUUCUCUUCACUGAGGAAAGGAAAGAACAAAACAAAAAACAAACAAACAAAAAAAACAGCUGUGUACCUUUGCCAGUGAGGAAAGCGCGUGGGGAUGCUUCGCGCGGGUCUAUUGAGAGAAACGCGCGCGCUUAAUGAUUAGUGUUUAGACAAGUAGCCAAUUAACCAGUAAUUACGUAAGUAGCGUUUAAACCGCCUGUGUGGUUCGCGUGUCUGCUAGUGGGCUAAAAUUAGAACAACACGGAGCCAGCGGAGGACACGAUAGUAUUUAUUCAGUAGGAGUUUUUCAUUUUUCAUCAACGCACCUUGGAUUUCAGUCGUUAUCACAAAGCAAGUGUGGAGCCGAGGACGACGUCAAAACAAUUCAACACAGACCGAAAUUGGAGAGAGAGAUGACCCUCGUUUUGUCCAUGAAUCCUUUCCUGGACCCAGAAGGAGACCCACCGCUCUCCGCAUAUCAGCCCAUAUGGGAAUCAGAGCGCUGCACUAAGACUUGCCUGUCAAACUCUGCCCCACCAUGCAGUUCUGAAGAGCAAAUUACACAAGAACCUCCCUGUAGGCGAGUUCCUGAUCAUGUUUCAGUGUCAAGGAUUGCAUACUUCAAGAGGAAGUUCGUUGAUGAUGAUGAUGAGCCUUCCUUCAGUUUCAGGACAUACUGCCAGACUGUUGCACCAGUUUUGGAGGAGCGUGCCCACGUGCUGCGUCUCUCCCUGGAGAAGAUGAGAUUCAUUGACGACCCUGAGGCCUUCCUCCGACGCUCCGUUCUUGUUAACAACCUCCUUCGGCGUCUGCGAGCUGAGAUCCUGCUCCAGAGCACUGACUGGUGCUUCCCACCAAACACAGCAUUCGCCCCUGGCCCUUGCGUCCUCCCAGCCAGCACUAACCCUGCUCACCAGGCACUCCACGGAGCAGUACCAACCCGGAUCUGCUUAGCACCACAGGCCGGACCGCCUUUCCGUAAGCGCUUCCGUAUGGUCCGUGGAGGACAGGGGGAUCUUCGCCCUGACUGUGCCCAGACUUGCUGCUGCAUCUACGCAGCGGCAGCUGCUGCAGGACACUACCUCCACCUCCCGUUCUCCAUGUAUGAUGCAGCACUCUCUACCUGCCCAUCCACACCACACUCCUCCUCGUUUUUUCAGCUAGCUAGCCAUAGUAAGUUAGGGUUGACAGUGGCCGUAGAAGAGCGUGAUGAUGAGGAUGAAGAUGUUGAAGAGGAGGAGGAAAAUGAAGAAGAAGAUGAGAGGGAAGAGGAGGAGGAGGAGGAGGAAGAUGAUGAAAGACAAGCAGGGCCAUCUAUUGAUGUUGUUAAAGACAAGUCAAGCCAGAAAAGUAGGACUAGGACCUUGCUGGGUCAUGCACACACAAGGACAGAGGAGGACAGCUGCAUGACAGGUAGAGUAGAAGAGGAGGAGGAGGGAGAGCAGGAGGAAGAAGAAGAGGAGGAAGACGAGGAGGAAGAGGAGCAGGUUGUGAGACCUUGUCAGUGGGCGUCAGACAGAGAGCUCCACAAGGUUAGCUUCUGGCACCGCAGGGCUCAUAGACAAUGAUUGUGCUUUCUGAGAAAUUACUUAAAUUCUGUUUGAAUGAAAAUGUAUUGAUGACGACAACUGUCAUCAGUUGAAGAUUAUUCAGAUGAAGGUGUGAGUUAACUACACUAUUGUAAUGCCAAGUCAGCUUUAUUUUAAUGGUCUAAUAUACUCUACACAGACAAACUCAAUUCAACUCUAUUGCUAGUGUUACAUUCAGAUGAAAAAUAGAAAAUUCUUGGCCUCUCUUGGCACUGGAAACAUUUCUCAAGCAAUUAUGAAGGCUAAGGUCACAUGUGGUGGGAUCUGAAAUCCCAGAGGUGAAGUGAAGCUUGCUAUUGCACUGUCUCCAAGACCAUUUUGAAGCCCCACAGCACAAAACUAAAAGUCUCAAAUGGGGCUUUAUAUUGGUGCAACGGUCUCGUUUCAGGACCCUAAACAAGCCUAUGAAAUAAAGGGAUGUGGAUUUGCGAGUGGAUGCUUCUGUGUGUUUAUGUGUGCGUGUGUUUGCAAGAUAUGAUGUAGCAUUUUAAAACUUGAUUUUAGGCUGUUCUUUUUAUUAUUAAACAUGGGUUACACAUUAUUAUGUGUGCCUGUUGAUUUUGAUGCUGUCUCAGGCAAUGGCGAGUGACUGUGCUGCAGCGGCGGCACAUUAUGUGUUCUUCAAAUUAUUUUAAGAGACAACAAUCAUAAACAUUGGAAAUGUUAAAUCGCAAUUUCAAGUGCCUUAGUGUUUUUAUAGAUACAUGUAUAUUGUGUGUUAAUGUAAUUGUUCUUGUUACUAAGUAGCUAUCUUUCAUUCCAAAUGACUGCGUUUGACUAAAACAGGGCAUGUAGUUAAAUGCAGGGAUUCAUUCAAAUGUUAAAAGGUUAAAGUAAUUUUAAAUCAAACUAAAUUUCCACACCCGAAAAGUGUUCUGUUUGUUUUUAGAUCAAAAUGCAUGUUUUCUAGCACUACCUGUCUUGACAAUGCUCAAACGUAAAGCCAACCUUAAAGGACAGUUGCAAAAGCCUUGAAAAGCAAAGUCAAAACAUCAUUUAUAUUUGUUUGAUUCCAGCAGAAAAGGCUUGUUAUAGUUCGGUAGGUCUGUCCAUCGAUGUUUAUUUACAAGAAAUUAUUUGAAUCUAACAGCAUGAAACAGGAUCUCAUACUAUGAAUUAAAGAUUAAAUGUCAGCAUUAUAAUUAGAUACUGUAAAUACAUAUACACCAAUGUGUGUUUUGCUGUUAUCCGCCCAAUCAUAUUUUAUCAAAUCAAACAAGCAAAUGUUUCAUCAUCAAGCAAGAAACUCUUUUCUUUUAUUUGAAUCAAGAACUUUCAAUAUUAGCUGGAGCCUAACGGCUCUGGCCAAUGUCAUUCAAAAAAUGAAUCUGUGCAGACCCCAGUGUUUUCCAUACAUUUUUUUAUUUAAGGUGACCCACCACAAUAUCAACAUUGACUGCCACAUAUGGAUUUUCUAUUUUAUUUACUAUUUCUAUGGGUAAGAGUAUUGGUAACAUCUUAUUAAACCGAAGAGCUGCGCACACCACAUCACUUCGCUCAGCCCCUCCUUGCCACGAUCUCACUCUCUAUCUCACAAACACAUCUGUCAUAGUCUGGCCAUCGGGAGUGCCGGGAGGAGCACCACUGCAUUGGUGGGCCAUGAAAAAAUUCAUAGAGUUCUUACCAUCUCUGCCUGUGUCUUUACCGGCCCUCUUUGUGUGUCUGUCAUACAGGAAUCUUUGGGAAACACUGGACCCCAUUAGCUUUGUAUCACACCCCGAGCCUGGUUGCACAGGUAGCAGCUUGUCUCAGAAAAAGUCAAAAUUAGCCUCAUUCAGCAACUUUUUUUUUAUCAUGAUCAGCAACAUGCUUAAAGGAAUAUUUCAACAUUUUGGGAAAUAGGCUUAUUUUCUUUCUUGCCAAGAGUUAAGUCAGAAUAUGGUUAUCCCUUUCAUGUCUGUACAGUAAAUAUGAAGCUGGAGCCAGGAGAUGAUUAGCUUAGAGGAAGAAAUAGCUAGCCUGGCUCUGUCCUGAGGUAAUAAAAUUUGCCUACCAGCACCUCUAAUCAUCUCCCCUAACUCACCCUAAGAAAGCAAAUAAAAAUAGUUCCCAAAAUGUUGAACUAUUCCUUUAACUAUCACAGUAUGCCCUGCCUUUGUAGAGUCACACCUGUGUGCGUUGCCCGAAGUUCCUGUCAUUAUAAGCGUCUAGAAUCAAGCUUGGUAGAGUGAAAUCACAUUGGUUGUAGAAAAGUAUCAGCCUGUUUGGGUAUAAAUUGAUGAGUAUAUACUGUAUGUCAUUUUAAAAUAAAAUAAAUAAGAUGUACGACACCUUAGAGGAGCUGAUGGACAGAUACAUUUUCUACGUGAUUAAAAGAAUCAAGGACAGAUAGAAUACCAAACCAGUUCUACUCUACUUAUGUGAGCCCUUCUGUCAUGAUGGCAUGAUCAGUGGUUUCUUAUUUGUUGGUGUGUCUCUUGUUUGGCACUUCUGAAAAUUAGGGUCCUCACACUGAUGACAAACCCAAACCAAAGUUGUUUUAAAAAAAAUGGAAAUAAAUUUUCGUCAGUAGUGAUUAUUAUUAUUAUUUUUUUUGUGAUGUACUUAAGUCAUUGGAUGAUCUCAGUUGGUUUGCGAGGUGGAAUUAUUCCUGCCUUUUCCUAUCUUUUUUUUGACGUACAAAACUGACAGUUUGCAUCCCCAAUGGCAUUAGUGUCAUAUCUUCAACAAGACGAGUACCAGCCUAUUUAAUUUUAAUUCUCAAAACCCUGUGAUUAUCGGUGGUAUUUUUCAAAAAUGAAAGAAUUUGACAAAGCAAUAUUUGUUUCUGAGACAAGAACAUGUAAAACUACAUUGUCUGUUAUUAAAAACAACAAAAGAGCAAGUCUGCUCUGAUAAUUUUAUGUGAUGUUCUGUGACA